GCGAAUACGAUCAAAUUCAAAACAAUUUUCAUUUGAAAUGGCUAACACAGGGGAUGGGGUUGGUGGCGUGGACAUCUUGCAGUCUACGCAGUCCACCAACCCCGAUGUUCUGCUCUACGAGCAAAGCCUCUCGGGGCUCCAAUCAUUCGUUGCAAAGUCUCUGGAUAUGUAUCGAAGUGAACUCUCCUUGGUACUGUAUCCCACAUUUGUGUACAUGUAUUUGGAUUUGAUCAAAAUUGGCGAGGAGAAAGCCGCCCGAGCAUUCUUCGAAAAGCACAGGCGGAGCUUUGAGUCCUAUCAUGAUGAGGACUUGCGACGCUUAUCAACUCUUAAGGAGCGCUCUCAGUUGUCUAGCCACGACCUGGCAAUUACUCUACGGAGUGAGAAGUACGUCAUUGGCAUGGCGAGAGAUUCGUUUCAGUGCCUGGUACGCCAUUUGCAGGACAGUCAAAGCAAGCUUGUACUAAACCUGAUAAAUCAGUUCUUCUAUGUGGAUCUGAAUGAUGACUUGCCGCGUGAUCAACCCAAGAUCGCAAGUACCAUUGGAUCUCAACUAGGGGAAGCGCGUUCGAGUGCUAACCAAACAUCUUUGCUGUAUGGAAUGCCAAAAGAUACAGAGUUUAUUGCUGCAUUAAAUGAAGCAGAUGAUGAGGAUGCCACUGGUGAAGACGGCCGGCCGAAAAAGAAAAAGAAAAAGGAGUCUGCCUUCAGUAAUGCUAAGAAAGGAAAGCUAGCAGCUAACCCUCAUGCCCCACCGCCAACCCGCAUACCAGUUCCACUCCUAAAGGAGCGUGAGUUGGAAAAGAAGAGGGCAGCGGCACGAGAGCUGGUGCGUGCUGUACCACUGGAUGCCAAUCGGCUGCCUUCCCUUUGCUUUUUCACAUUGCUCAAUACCCACUCUGCUCUCGCCAGUCUUUCCGUCUCUGCCGACUCAACGUUGAUGGCUGCAGGCAUGUCAGACUCAACAGUGCGCUUGCACAGUCUAAAUGGCAGGAAGCUCCGUACAAUGAAAUCCUAUAAUGACUUAAAGCACCUGGACAGUACGGAAAUUGGUGUUCUGGACCGCAUUGCAGAUGAGCAGUCUGGCACCGAUUCGCGCUUGUUACUCGGACAUAGCGGACCAGUAUACUCGACGUCUUUUAGUCCGUUCAACAGCAUGCUACUUUCCUCGGCACAAGAUGGAACGAUACGGCUGUGGGACUUGAACACGUACACAACUGCAGUGAGCUUCCAUGGCCAUGUGUUGCCAGUGUGGGACGUUGACUUUGGGCCGACAGGGUACUACUUUGCGUCUGCAUCUCAGGAUCGCACAGCACGAUUGUGGGCAACUGAUCAGCCUUUGCCAUUGCGCAUAUUUGCGGAGCACGUGAGUGACGUUUCCUGUGUGCGCUUUCAUCCGAACGGAAAUUAUAUUGCAACAGGCUCGUACGAUCGUACCAUUCGCUUGUGGGAUGUUUUAACAGGCACAUGUGUACGACUACUGACGGGUCAGCAUGGUGCCAUAACGUCGCUGGCCUUCUCGCCGGACGGCCGAUUUCUGGCGAGCGGCGCAUUGAACGGAUCGGUGCGGCUGUGGGACCUGUCGAACGGCUCUAUUGUAACCACACUGCUGGGUCACACGGACAGUGUGACGUCUCUGGCGUUCAGUCACGAUUCUGGCCUUCUCUCCAGUGGGUCUCUUGACUGCACAGUGAGACUAUGGGACUCGCGUUCGCUGUUAGAAGAUGCUAAGGAGCCGGACUUCAGCUUCAACACCAGCGCCAAUGUCGGCUCAUCAACUGCACAGCGACAGGUAGCCUGCUAUCCCACCAAAACCACAUCAGUUCACAGUGUGCACUUCACAUACCGGAAUCUUUUGCUCGCUGCUGGUCCGUUUGUUCCCUAGUGUGACGACGGCGCUUGCUGUUCAGUAGUCUUACUCAGCUAUAUCUUGACAUUGUACUGGGUGACGUGGUGUUCCCACCAGGGUUUUAUACAUGCUAGUAUUCUGUUUUUAUUGUAGUUCCGGCUUAUCUCUAGACUCACGUCCUAUCGCAGUCUGUCCUGUUGUCGCUUGUUCUUAGUUUCUGUUCUGCUCUGUAGAUGCGGUGCAUGUGCUCUGGAGCCUCUGGUGUCACUUGUGUUUGCUCCUGCCCUGGACGCACCAGUCCGCAACCCCGGUAUGUUCUACUUCCACGACGAAAAGAAGUGUGCUCUGCUGUACCACGCAGGUAUCGUGCAUAGAUUAGUGCUGCUGUAUGCUGCUGCUGCUGGGUGCCAGUGCUAUGUAUUUACAUGCAACACGUGUCCUUGUGCUGUUGUGGUGUUACAGACUCCUGUCCUGUCUUGCACUCAGACUUCUCGGUGGGCACUGUCUUGGAUUUCACGUUAGUAAUUUGUCAUAGCCACUCUAGCGCUGCACCUCCACUAAUUACACGCUGCUUCUUUGGUAUUUGCGUGUUGUGGCUGUGCCUUAGGGCAGCCCUUUUUCCCUGUCCUGCAACAUUUGUUCCACAUGUACUCGUGCGCUGGCGCAUGUGUUUUUGUUCUUCCUUUCCUUCAUAUGAAUGUUGUUUCAAACUUGUUUGUUUUUAGGACUUCAUAAUGUACGUAGUUAAGUCAG